GUACAUAUUAGAUAUAAAUCCACACCGACCCUUGCACACGAGAAUUUGAGGUUGUGUUCAGGCCUUUAUAUGACACAUUCACAUUUGAAUCACAUUUGUAAUUUAAUCCACAUCCCUGUAAUACAGUAACAUGAAGAUUUGAAGAUAGGUAUGGCCAUUAUGCAUAUCUCAAUCCAAUACAAAGCGCUACAAACGUAUAUUUAGUUUUGUUACGUUACCUCCAGCUGUAGAUGGCAGUAUAGUGCGCCUAAAGUUCCGUCGAGGAAGAAGCAGACGUAAACACAUAGCAACUAGCUUGCUAAGUGCUGUUCAUACCGGUGCGAUAUUGCUUGAGUUUUGUUUUUAUUUUGUGGGUUUUUUUUGCAUUGACAGAGACUUGGGGAACAGAACAAAUCUCAAGAUGGGAAAGCGUCAACACCAAAAGGACAAAAUGUACAUAACGUGUACCGAGUACACUCAUUUCUAUGGAGGAAAACGACCAGAAAUUCCUCGCUCGAAUUUCAGACGGCUACCGUUUGAUCACUGCAGCUUGUCUCUUCAGCCGUUUGAGUAUCCAGUCUGCACCAUGGAUGGGAUUGUCUUCGACUUGCAAAGCAUCAUUCCAUGGAUUAAGAAGUAUGGCACGAAUCCCAUUUCAGGCGAAAAAAUGGAAAUGAAGUCCCUUAUCAAGCUAAAUUUUGCCAAGAACAAUGAUGGCAAGUAUCACUGCCCCGUGCUGUACAACGUCUUCACAAAUAACUCCCACAUUGUUGCCAACAAGGUCACUGGCAACGUGUUUUCCAAUGAGGCUGUUGAGCAACUAAACAUCAAGACCAAGAACUUCAAAGAUCUGCUGACUGAUGAGCCUUUUGCCAGAAAAGACAUCAUCACACUUCAGGAUCCCACAAAUCUGGACAAAUUCAAUGUGUCCAACUUCUUCCAUGUGAAAAAUGAGCUGAAAGUAUUAGACCCUGAUGAGGAAAAGGCCAAGCAGGAUCCGGCAUACCACCUAAAGACCACCAACCUAGAGACGAGGGAGACUUUAGCUGAGCUCUACAAAGACUAUAAAGGGGACGAGCUGUUGGCCUCAACCAUGAAGGAGCCAGAAGCCAAGAAGACCGACAAGUUAAAUGCCGCACAUUACUCUACCGGAAGAGUUUCUGCUUCCUUCACGUCCACCGCCAUGACUCCUGCAACCACACAUGAAGCAGAGGCAAUUGAAGACGACACAGUGCGCUACCAGUAUGUCAAGAAGAAAGGCUACGUCCGUCUUCACACAAACAAAGGAGACCUGAAUCUCGAGUUACACUGUGAUAAGAUACCGAAAGCUGGGGAGAACUUCAUCCGUUUGUGUAAACAGGGAUAUUAUGACGGAACAAUCUUUCACAGGUCCAUCCGAAAUUUUAUGAUUCAAGGUGGAGACCCAACUGGCACCGGCACAGGAGGACAGUCGUUUUGGGGCAAACCUUUCAAGGAUGAGUUCAAGCCCAACAUGUCUCACACAGGCAGAGGGAUUCUCAGCAUGGCCAACUCGGGUCCCAACACCAACAAGUCCCAGUUUUUCAUCACAUUCCGCUCUUGCAACUACCUGGACAGGAAGCACACAGUGUUUGGAAGAGUUGUUGGAGGGUUUGAAACCCUGACCGCCAUGGAGCAAGUGGAGAGUGAUCCGAAAACUGACAAACCCAAGUCUGAGAUCAAACUUCUGAGUGCGACUGUGUUUGUGGAUCCAUAUGAGGAGGCGGAUGCCAAGAUCGCAGCAGAACGAGAGAAGGAGCUGCAGAAACAAGAGGAGGAGCGGUUGCUGGCCAGCGCCCCGCCAAAGAAGGAAGAACAGGCCCCCAAGACCUUCAAAGUGGGCGUCGGGAAAUACAUUGACCCCAGCUCCAUGAAACGUCCAGCAGCUGAAGACGAAAGCGGCCCAUCAACCAGCGACUCGGCUCCUAAGAAAGCCAAAGGCAAAUCCAACUUUGGAGACUUCAGUUCCUGGUAGCCAUGACACAUUUGACCCAUGCAAACCUAUCAUUCAAGCUUCAAGGUUUUUUUUAUGAUCCUACUUUUUUCCUUUUCAU